AUGUCAAAUGAUACCUCUAACAAGAGAAAGUUAGAGGAAGAAUAUUUCAGCGAUAACAAAAAAGUGAGACAAGAAAGUCCUGAUUCUGUGGUUGAUGAUUUAAAUUAUUUGAAAGAGAGUAUAAAGCAAGAAAUAUUCAAGACCUUUGAAGAAAGAUUUAAUAAAUUAGAGAAUGAGAUUAAACAAUUGAAACAUACUUCCAAAGAUAAUUCAAGCACCAAAUCUGGAAGUGGUAAGAAAGAAGAAUCUGUUAGCACGCCUCCUGAUGAAACAAACCUUAAGGUUUCAUCUGGUGGUUCCAAAUUGCAUCCUUUAAAUCCGACAGCCACUGAGUUACCUAAGUCUAAUUCAAAUCCAUUUGAUGAAAUAAAGGGUUUCAAAUCUGUGGAGGGGAAUGAAAAAGCGUCCGAUCUCAAACCAUCUAAGCACACAUUUGGGGGAAGCUCAUUCAAGCUCACUACACCUAUGAAUUCAUUUGUGUCUAAUUCCAAUCCAGCGGACACGCCCACAGCUCCAAAUACUGCUCAGUCAUCCCCAAAGCAUGUUUUUGGUGCCACAAGCUCAUUUGGAAAUGUUUCGGCUUUCGAUGUUGCCAAAAGCAAGAAGAAUGUUUUUGAAGCCUUACCAUCCAAAUCCACAACUGAGAAUUCUAAGUCCCCCAGUGCAGAUAUCUCCAAGAGCACUUCAUCAUCUGUUACCUCAUCGUUUGGCUCUGGUGCAUUUGGAAAUAACACGAAAUUUAAUAAUGCAUUUCAAAAUUCCUUGAAGAAGAAAUCAUUCUUGGAUGAUAAAGAAAGUAAGGACGAUGCAGACGAAGAAACGCGUAACUCAGAAACUAAUGGAAAAGAAAAGACACCAACAACACAGCAAUAUAAGCAGGUCAAUUUAACUCCAGUUGAAGAGAUUAAAACCGGAGAAGAAAACGAAAAAUCUCACUUCACUUCGAUGGCUAAAAUAUUCGAGUUAGAUUUAACUAACAUUUCCGAAGGGUGGAAAGAAAGAGGUUUAGGUAGAUUGCAUUUGAACCAAUCCUUAGAAGACCCACUAAAAGUCAGAUUGGUUAUGAGAUCCCAAGGAUUGCUCAGAGUUGUCUUGAACAUGAAAGUGACCUCCGAUACUAAAUUGAUCAAGGGUUUAGAAGCAAGUUUGUCACCAGGAAAGUUCGUUAGAUGGAACUCCAUUAAUGAACAUGGAGUACCUGUUCAGUAUUUACUUAAAUUUGCCAAUCAAACCAUUAGAGACGAGUUGGUUGAAAAGGUUGAGAAUUUGAAGGAGACUUUUGAAACAGAACCAAAGUCUAAAGGGACUGAAACUAGUACUAGCGUAGAAUCUAAGGAAACAAAACAAGAUGCUACAGGUGUGAAAUGGUUAUAA